AUGCGAACACUUUGUGGGAACAUAGCGGAUCCCACACUGAAGCACGCCGCGACCGCACCGCUCAGCGCCCCGUCCCAGCGCACCGGAUUAGCGCCGGAACCACCUGAUGCCGUAAGGCGCGGCACUGUCGCGCGCGCCGCCUUUACGACAGCGGCAGUCGCACGGAUACGGCAGGAGGCCGCGCGGGCGCUCACCUAUGGGGCGCGGCGGCUGCCAUGGGGCCUGGCGCUACUUCGACCUCAGCCCGGAAGGUCUCCGAACCACUUAGCGCGGCGGACGCCGGCUACGGGCAGCGGCGGAGCCCAACCCGAAGUCACCUCAUGCCCGAGAUGUAUGCAGUGUGAUACGAAAUUUGACUUCAUAACUAGAAAGCAUCACUGCCGAAGAUGUGGAAAGUGCUUCUGUGACAAGUGCUGCAGUAAAAAAGUGCCUCUGCCUCGCAUGUGCUUUGUGGACCCUGUGCGCCAGUGUGCUGAGUGUGCCCUCAUCUCACAGAAAGAAACCGAGUUCUAUGACAAACAGCUUAAAGUGCUCAUGAAUGGUGCUACGUUCUUUGUAACUCUGGGAACGUCGGAUAAGUCGGAGCUCAUGGUCUGUCGGCUCUCCAACAAUCAGAGAUACCUGGUUUUGGAUGGAGACAGCCAUUAUGAGAUUGAAAUUGUACAAAUUUCAACUGUUCAGAUACUUACAGAGGGAUUUACUCCUGGAGAAAAAGAUACUCACACUUACACCAGCCUUCUGGAGAGCCAGCAUAUUACUGAAGGGGGCAAUACCCGUGCCAUAGGUAUGAUUCUGCAGUAUAAAGUACCAGGGUCAGAGGAGCUAACACAGAUGAAAUUUACGGCCAGUGAAGACUUCAGCUCUAACAAGAAGCUGUCAGCAAGCUGGCUGGCAGCUAUGCAUAAGGCAACAAAACUUCUUUAUGAAUCUCGGGACCAGUAAGAAAUGAGCAAACUGCCGGCAGCUUGAGAGCAGACACCAGCCUCGGAGGACCCGCAUCUCACUUUGUGCUAAUUUGACAACUGGUUAACACUUUCUCUUGACUUUUUCUCAUUCCAGUGUGGUUCAUUAUGUAAGAACUGGCAAACACGAUGUAUUUCUGUUUUGAACCAUGAGUAUUCACUAUAGCGUGCAAUAUGUAUACAAUUAAUGCUUUAAACAGUCUCACCUUUUAAGACUUUGUAUAUUUUGUUAAACCUUUAUUGCCUUUAUUGGCACUUAAUAUGAAAUAUGAAAGUGACCUGCACUACAGCUAAUGUACAGCACAACUUUUGUAGUAACAAUUAUAUAUACUGUUUGCCACAGAAAGCAAACAAAGGUGUAUGUCUCUUCUGCAGAGAAUAGCUUUUGGGUAUAGAUCUCAGGUUUUUCCCUCUAUCCAAAUGUUUAAAAUCAAUGUACAAUAAAAUCUGCCUUAGAUAUGGUUUUAUAGAAUCCACUUGAUUUUUUUUCUUAACAUAUUUCACCAAAUAUCACCAAAUUGGAAUUACAUGAUCUUGAAACUUCCCUUCUGUAAUAACAAAGCUUCCAGAAUAAUUUUUAGUUUUGUAUUUUCUUUUUGGAAACUAGCUUUUGUUAAUCUAACUGUAAUGCUGUCUGGAAUUGUAUACAUUUUAAUGUACAAAUAUGAAUAAAUUAAUUCACUUAUUUAAA